CAGAAGAACCUCGAAGGAGCCAGGCGGCAUUGCAGAAUCUGUGGAAGCCACAGCCUCACAGAUGGCACUCAGGACGUGAAGCCUCAGCGCCAGCGAAGCCAGGAUGCCACUGGUUUCCUCAGCCUGGGAGUCGAUGAGGAGUGGGAAACACUGCAUGAAGCGAAGCCUGUGGAGAUGUCGCUAAUCAGAGAAGAAGGAGAAGAGGAAAAGGGUACACAGCCCAAACCUGAGCAGGGAGCAGCAUCAGGAGGAGAAAAAGAGAUAAGAGCUGAAGAAGAAGCCGAAGAAGGCAGCGACGGUGGCCCGGAUGGCCCAUGCGCCCCAGGCGCCAUGAACGACGAAAACCACGAGGCCAGCGACGAUAGUGGCGGAGAACCCGGAGAGCAGAGGCAGGAAGAACAGCCCCUUCAGGCUAUCGUCCAGCGUCAACAGCCAAGGGACAGGGAGCAGGUGGUCCAGCGCCCCAUGCUCACCCUGGUCCAGGUGCAAGAGCUAGAGCGCAUUUUCCGUUACAACGCCUAUCCCAACUUGUUUAUGAGACAGCAGAUUGCAAGACGCAUAGAUAUGCCUGAAGCCAGAGUGCAGGUUUGGUUUAAGAAUAGGAGGGCCAAGUGGAGGAGACAUCAGAGGGCAUUGAUGUUCAGAAACAUGCCCCCCGUGGUCCUGGGCCCCCCAGUCUUCAUACCCCCGCGUAGACCAUUCAAUGCCAUCUUUAUUCCUCAGCCAGUUUGGAUAUGGGUUCUGGAGCCACUGCCGCUGGGGCCGCCUCCGCUGCCCAUGCCGCCCUUUCCUCCUCUGUUUUUGCCUCCUCCGCCCUUGUUUCUUCCACCUUUGCCUCCCUGGGGCAUGCCUCCCCCAGGCCCACAUGGCUGGGCCUGGUUCCAUACCACCAGUGGUCCUUUUAUAGCCCCCAUUUUCUAAGCAAUGGUCUCUGUGACAUUUUUUUUUCCCCCCAAAGGCUUUCGAGCCGGAUUCAAAUUCUGCAAACCUCACCACCAAUAAAGUUCACCAAUACCUGCUCAGUGCAUUAAAUAAAAGUACAGUCACUGACCCACUAUUUUACAGCGCAUUUUUGUAGUCUCAAUAAAGUUGUGAAUUCUC